CAGUACGAAUUGCCUCAAUAUCGUUCAGUGGUGGUUAAUCGAUUACGCGAGGCAAACGCGUCAAAUUGCGUGCGACAUCCGCGGGAUUAUGUUAUGUUCAAAAUGUACAGAAGCAUACUGAUAUUGUGGUUUAUAUCGUUGAAUUUCAAAAACAUUAAGUGCCAAAAACCAAAGGGCCCAGACUUGGACUGUCCGUCACUGGACAAGGGAGACAGCUACACCCAGUCAGAGUUUCUGUCUCGUCUGGCGCACGAGUGCCGGUACGACAAGCUGCUGCUGCCCUCCUACCAGACCGGUGACGCGGUCGACGUCCACGCCAGCGCAUACAUCUACUUCAUACAGCCCGCUGAGGCUCAUGACUUGAACUUCAAGUUCCACUUCCUCCUGCAACUGCGAUGGACGGACCCGCGGCUCGCGUACCAGCUCUACUCGCCGGAACGCGUCAAGAUCAUAGGCGGCAACGAUCUCCGGAACCAAGUGUGGAUCCCGCACCUAUAUAUGUCCAACGAGCAGUCUUCUGGGCUGAUGGGCACGGACAGCAAGGAUGUGCUUCUGUCGAUCGCGCCGGAUGGUGAAGUGCUGUUCAGCCGGCGGCUCCAGGCGGUGUUCUACUGCUGGAUGAACCUCCAGAAGUUCCCCUUCGACGAGCAGAAGUGCUCAAUGAAUUUGGAAAGUUGGAAAUACAACUCAUCAUCCCUGCGACUUAUGUGGGAGGAGGAGACGCCUGUCCGUCUGUCGCCCGACCUCCACCUCACGGAGUACGCGCUCCUGGACUACUGGACCAACGAAUCGUUUGUUAAAAGUGACAUACUCAAUAUGAGGCUCGGCGGAGGUAAAACCACUGGCAACUUCAGUGCACUGAAGUUUACUUUUAAGUUGGGUCGUGAAGUUGGCUACUACCUAAUGGACUACUUUAUACCCUCGAUGAUGAUUGUCGCUACCUCUUGGGUCACAUUCUGGCUGCAGGCGGACGCUGCUGCCCCUAGGGUUACUUUAGGGACGAGUACCAUGUUGUCGUUCAUAACCCUGGCGUCGUCGCAGUCCAAGACGCUGCCGAAGGUGUCGUACAUCAAGGCCAGCGAGAUCUGGUUCCUCGGCUGCACGGGCUUCAUCUUCUCGGCUCUAGUCGAGUUCGCGUUUGUCAACACUAUUUGGCGACGAAAGAAAGCCGUUAACCUGAAAGAAGUGAGCAGCAAGUACAUACUGAAGAACGCGCUAACACCGAAGUUAGCGCGGAAGGAGCUUCAAAAGGAGAUGCAGUCAGACUCCUCGCCGCAGCUCAGCAAGUCGCAAUCGUGCUCGUCCCUGCGCGCGGGCGGCGGCGGGGGAGGAGAGGGCGACUUCAACAACUUCCUCACCGUGCAUAGUAUGCCCGCAGUGAGCGUGCCAACGAUAACCGCAGACGAGGGCGACACCAACGACCAGGGAGGAGACAAGGGUAAAGGUGCCCAGGCGUGGACCACCAUGACGCCCCAGGAUAUAGCCAUAUGGAUCGACAAGCGAGCGCGCCUCAUGUUCCCCCUCCUAUUCAUAUUCUUCAACAUCAUCUACUGGACGUUCGUCUAUUGUCUAUGAUCUAUAAUCACGUCGACCGGACAUCCGGAGGUCUCUGAAAUCUCAUUGUACAGUGUACAUACUAGAGUAAUCGAUUGCUCUUUGAGAGUGUACAAAAAUU